AUGGAGCCGGAUUUAGCCGUGGUGCCUUUCGCGGCCUUGCCCGCCGAAGGUGCCAUCACGGAGGACGCUGUUGACCUGGAGCUGCAUGCAGAUGCUCAGGCGCGGUGCCUCCGGAGCCGCCUGGCGCCCACCGCCGCGGCGCUUUUAAGGUGGUUGGAAGAGGAUUGCACAAAGGCCUCUGGCCCUCUUUCAGCAACGGCCGGUGCUGCUCUACUGGUCCUGCUGGCCCUUGCAGACAUCGCCGUGGCCGUGAAGAUGUCUUGGAGUUUGGUCCGCUGGCUCACAUACCCCGCCAAGAGAGUUGAGGAGGCGCCGAAGGAGCCGAACAGGCUCCCUCCCCGGCCGCAGUUUUUUGAAAUUCACUCGGAGGGCGAGGAGGACGGGACGCCGCGGAGACCAAAGAAGGCGAAGGA